UCUCCAUUCACUCGACUCUCCUCUCUGUCUCCACCAUCCUCCUCGCCUCCUAUUUCUGUUGCCGCUCCCACCACUCUCCCCCAGUGCCCCCAACAGCAACCACCACCACCACCACCGCAGCAACCACACACCUCGACGCCUGGCUGAAGCUGAACGGCUCGUGCCCGGUUUCCAGGAACUUGCCGCUGCCAACCCCGCUGUCCACGCCGCUCUCGGAGGUCGUUUCACUCUCGCAGUACGCCGUGGAUCGGAGGCGGAGGAGGUGAUAAGAUUUUUUUUCAUUCUCUGAGAUCCAUCACUUUCUCUUCUUUGGCAAAGCAAGCAAAAAGAGAUGGCGUACCAAGGAGGUACCCUCAAGUUGACCUCUGCUUCUGGGGUGAAGGUGUACACUGUGGCAUCCCAGAACCGCUCUCUCGCCUCCUGGCUUGACCCCAAGAAGUUCCGAACUCUUCGCAAGGACAAAGAUUACAUGCACAGGGUGGACUUGAUACAGGAUUUGAGGUUUGAAACUGCAACCACCAAGAUCAAGGCAACUCCUGAUGGGGAGUUUCUUAUAGCAUCAGGUAUAUAUCCACCCCAAGUCAAAGUGUAUGAGCUUAGGGAAUUGUCACUGAAGUUUGAGAGGCAUUUGGAUUCAGAGAUAAUUGAUUUUCAGGUUCUGGCUGAUGACUAUUCAAAGCUUGCAUUUUUAUGUGCUGAUCGCACUGUUUAUCUACAUGCCAAAUAUGGAAAACAUUAUAGUUUGCGGAUUCCAAGGAUGGGAAGGGAUAUUGCUUAUGAUUGCUGGUCUUGUGACUUGUUUUGUGCUGCUUCUUCUCCAGAUCUUUACAGAAUUAAUUUACAACAGGGACGAUUCCUGUCCUCCCUUACUACACAAUCACCAGCAAUAAAUGUGGUUUCUCGAAGCAAGCUCCAUGGCCUAGUUGCAUGUGGCGGUGAGGAUGGAGCUGUAGAAUGUUUUGACAUGAGAAUGAGAUCUUCAGUGGGUAGACUUGAUGCUGUUGCACCCACUGGUGAUAUUGACCAGGAGGUCACUUCAUUGGAGUUUGAUGGAGAUGGGGGUCUACAAUUGGCUGUAGGAAGCAGCACAGGAAAGGUGCUGAUCUAUGAUUUGCGUUCAUCUUAUCCUAUGCGAGUUAAGAAUCUCUUGAAUGACAGCCCGAUAUUGGACAUCAAGUGGCAUCGUACUCUGAAUUCUGAACAACCAAAGUUAAUCGCCACUAACAAGAAUGUUGUUAGAAUAUGGGAUCCUGAAACAGGUGAAGACAUGGCCAACAUUGAGCCGACUGCUGGAACUAUAAAUGAUAUUUGUACAUUUAGCGGCAGUGGGUUGAUGUUACUGGCUUUGGACUGCAGCCAGAUACCAUCUUAUUUCUUACCUGCUCUGGGACCUGCCCCGAAGUGGUGUUCUUACCUGGAAAAUCUAACGGAAGAGCUAGAGGAGGGUGCACAAACAACAAUAUAUGACAACUUCAAAUUCUUGACAAGAGAAGACCUUGAGAGGUUGAAUCUGACUAAUCUAAUUGGCACCAAUCUCUUACAAGCCUACAUGCAUGGGUUUUUUGUUGAUUAUCGGCUGUAUAAAAAGGCAAAAGCAUUGGUGGAACCAUUUGCAUAUGAUGCUUACAUAGAAGAGCGGAAGAGAGAGAAAUUGGAAAAUGAACGAGCAUCUCGUAUUACGAUUAGGAGGAAACUACCCAAGGUUAACCGGAAUCUUGCAGCUCGUAUUCUUGAAAAUGAGGAAGCAGAAAACGAGGAGAAAGAUGCUGAUGAGAAUGAGACUAAAAAGAAAUCAAAGAAAAAGAAAGGACUUAGCGCUGAGAUACUCAAAGAUGAGCGGUUUGCAGAAUUGUUUACAAAUAAGGACUUUGAAAUUGAUGAGUCCUCCCGCGAGUAUCUGGCUUUACAUCCUAUGCCUGCCAAGAAGCAACCAUCGUUAGUGGAGGAACAUUUUGAACCUGUUAUGGAGGAUGAAGAGCAGAGUUUGAGUGAUUCUGAUGUCACGGCAGCAUCUCAGUUGUCAGAUGGCGAACUUGACAAUGAUGAAAGAAAAACAAAGAAAGCACGAGUUCCAAGAUUGUAUGAAGUUAAGGAUGGGCGACAUGCAGACGCAUUCUGGAACGAUGUAUCACUUGCGAACGAGGACAUUCUUCCUAUUGGAGAGAGACUAGCAGCUCUUAAACAUGAUCGGCGGCCUUCUGGUGCCCCACGUGAUGUUAAAUUUGGACCGGGAGGAUCACGAGAGAUUUCCUUCACUUCCAGAAGCUCAGCCAAGUACAAGGAAGACGACAACGACGACGAAGUGCUGCAUAAGAAGAGAAGGGGAGUCCAGUCACUAGGGCUUAAGCCGGAUAGAUCAAGCUUCGGGGGCCGAGGGAGAGGAGGAAAUCGUGGGAGAGGAGGGAAUCGAGGGAGAGGAAAUCGUGGGAGAGGAGGGAAUCGCGGUAGAGGAGGAAGUCGCGGCGGUGGGAGAAGAGGCCGUUGGUGAAAGUGUUGCGCAGGUGCAUUUUUGAGCUGCUUGGGGUUUAUGUUUUUUGUUCCUUUUUAGCAUUUUGUAUUAUACGGAAAAUUUUGUGAUCUUCAACCCAUGAUUUUGAUCUUCCACACAUACAGACAAAUUUUGCCCUCAAAUCUCAAGUGAAAAAGGAAAAUUGGCCUUCUUAGGACGGUAAUAACCAUGAUGGGAUGGGUGUAUCCAGAGUUUAUAUAUAUAUAUAUAUAUUUUAUGGCUCAA